UCUCUCUCUCUCUGCUGUCUCUUGUCUAUUAGCUAUCUUUCUCUCUCUUUCUGUCUCUUUCUCGCUGUCUGUCCUCCACUUGACUUCAGCUGUCAGGAGCUUGCAGGCUUGUUGCUCUGCUCAAACCAGUGAGGAUUCAGAAGCACUUGGGACGAAGACGCUGUCACUGGAGCUAAGAUGGCCAUGAACAGCAUCCUCAACACUGAUGACAUCAAGAAAGCUCUAGAUGCAUUCAAAGCUGCUGACUCCUUUGACCAUAAGAAGUUUUUUGAGAUGGUGGGUCUGAAGACCAGGCCUUUUGACGACGUGAAGAAGAUCUUCACGGUGCUAGACGCUGACAACAGUGGCUUCAUCGAGGAGGAGGAGCUCAAAUUCGUCCUGAAGGGUUUCGCCAAAGAUGGCAGGGACCUGACAGACAAAGAAACCAAAGCAUUUUUAAAAGCAGCCGACAAGGACGGAGAUGGCAAGAUUGGAGUCGAAGAAUUCGCAGCCAUGGUGAAAGAAUAAAUCGUCACCUCGCGUGACUGACCCCAGUCCUCUUAUCCGCCGCUGCAUCCCCACACCCAAUGACUCCCCUCUGACCCUCCCGAGCACCGACACCUCACCCGUACUCGACUCCCAGCCCACUAGACUGCAGCUGCUCCAUGCUACACACACACACACACACACACCGCUGUGUGCCCUGCGUUCUGUACCCACACCGUCCACUCCUCAACUGCCCUCUAAGCUGUGUUCAUGCUGUUUAGUUUAUCCUUUUUAUACAAACUAUUCUUGUUUGUGUUAAGAUAUAGAAAAAAAAGAAUUGCCUGCAGGAAUAAAAUGUCAUAUUUUAAAGCAUAAAGUAGUAAAGAAAACAGAAUUAUGAAGAGAGAGAGAGCCUCAUUCCCUUCUGUAUUUCUAACUUCAUCCUCUUCCUUAUCUAUUUUCAUUUCCUUCCCCUCGCCCUCUUUCUUUUCACCUAAUUUCCAGUUUUUCUCUUCUCUCUGCCGAGUUCACAUCAAGCUCUGCUCCCCCCGCCCCCUUGUAUUUGCUUCCAUCGGUAUCACCGCCCUUUAUUCACACAUCUAACUCUUCAUUCGUGUCCAUCCUCCUCUCUGGUAACGAACUGUUGUAAAACAUACCAAAAGAAGAAAGAGGUCAAGCUGUGAAAGAAUAAAGUAAAAA